GCUAUAUCUCAACUGCUCAACUAGCAUUUAGAUUAGAACACAAACUCUGUCAAAAUGAACGAAGUCGACCUAAAUGAGAAGAAGGAAGGAGAGGUGAGCAUUGGCAUCGCCACCGGCGAUACCGUUAAUGUCGGUAGUGCAGAACAGCUGGAGAAUUAUGAUUCGUCGAAAAAUGUAGUUGUAUCUGAGGAUGUGUGGAAUCAUGUUUUCGUUGAUUCGGGCAUGAAAUUGGGAGACAUGAAUGGCAAACAAAAACUUUGGACGGCAUUUUACAUGUCCAUGAAACUGCUUGUCGUGCUAUUCGCACUGUAUGUCUUCAUCAUCUCUCUGGAUCUACUUGGAUCAGCUUUCCAAGUCCUGGGCGGUACACAAGCUGGAAAGGUUUUCCGUCAAUCAGACGUAUUCAAUAAUCCUAUCGCCGGCCUUGUAGUCGGUAUCUUGACCACCGUGCUCGUGCAGAGUUCCAGUACUUCGACCAGUAUCAUCAUUUCUAUGACAGCAUCUGGUUUGUUGCAGAUUGACCAGGCUGUUUACAUGAUCAUGGGAUGCAACAUCGGCACAUCUGUUACAAAUACAAUCGUCUCUAUGGGUCAGAUUGGUGAUGUGAAUCAAUUUAGACGCGCUUUUGCUGGCGCCACUGUCCAUGAUAUGUUUAAUUUCUUAUCAGUAUUGAUCAUGCUGCCCCUGGAGGCGGCCACACAAGUGCUUGAGAAAAUCUCAAACGUCACUGUUGAAUCUAUGGGAAGUAUCGAAGGAGCUGAUGAUCUGAAUUUCCUUAAAACGGUCACCAAACCAGUCACCAACCGAAUUAUCCGUGUGAACAAGGAUCUGAUCGAGAGUAUCGCUGCAGCACAAACUGAAGAGGAAGUAGACGCACUAUCAACCCAAUCUAUGGUGUCCUGGAAGUACUGCCCGGACGAUUCAACAUGGUUUGUGUAUUGCCCUCAAGAGAAUAGCUGGUCAGAUGUGGCGGUUGGCUCCACACUGCUGCUUUGGGCCCUAGUCCAAAUGAUGGUUUGUCUUUAUGUACUCGUAAAGGUACUUCAAUCCAUUUUCAACGGUCCUCUGUCUAAAGUGCUGUUCAAGGCUAUCAAUCUCUCAUUCCCCGGUAGAUGGGACGUAUUGUCUGGCUACGUACUUAUUCUCGUGGGUGCCGUUCUCACGGUGCUUGUCCAGUCUUCGUCUAUUACCACUUCAACACUCACACCCCUGGUGGGUCUAGGUGCUUUGAAGCUGGAGAAAAUGUUCCCCGUCACACUUGGAGCUAAUAUUGGUACAACAAUCACUGGGAUGUUGUCAGCUCUGUCGUCUCCAGAUGUCACAGUAGGACUCAUUCUGGCUUUUACACACGUCUACUUCAACGUUUUCGGCAUCAUCAUUUGGUACCCUAUUCCUUUUAUGCGAAGUAUCCCCUUGGCGAUGGCUCGCGGUAUGGGAAAUAUCACUGCCAACCACAGAUGGUUUGCCAUUUUCUAUAUUAUUGUUGCCUUCUUCCUCAUUCCAUUGGCUUUGCUAGGGCUAUCAUUAGCCGGUUGGCAGGUAAUGGUUGGCGUUUUAGUGCCCGUUUGUCUGGUAAUCGUGUUCUUCGUGGUUGUUUUCCAACUGCGCGAGCACAAACCCGAAUGGCUGCCAAGUUGGCUAUUGUCGUUCGAUUGGAUGCCAGAGUGGAUGCAUACAGAGCCUGCCUGGUUGCAGAGGUACCAUUCUAAGAUGGAGGCCAGAACGGCUGCUAAGGACGCGAAGAGAGCAGUCAAGGAAGCUACUGAGGCAAAGAAGAAGUCUCUCAAUGAGAAAAUCUUGGAUAGAUUAGGCGACGGCAAGAAUGAUCAGCUAUAUCUUGGAUCAGAUGAUGAAGAAGUGGACACACGAACAGACAUGAAACCAACUGAGAAAAUCAGUAAUGCGGAUCAUGUAGUUGUCGUCUAAAUUAUGGAGGAUAUGCAAACAAGGCAUCGCUCUUCAAUAGUUAUAUAUAUAUAUAUACCAAUUAGCAAAUGUACCGUAGUUCAUAUGUCCAAACAAAAAAUUAGAAUAAUUUCAUUUACUACUAGUAAUGUGUUGUCACUUUCAUGGUCUGGCAUUUAUAAUAUUUAUAGUUAUAGGUUUGAUUCCGGAAACUAAAUAAUGUAGUAGCUACAGACACACAUACAGGCAUAAAUAUGGACAUUCAUACAAUAAUACUACCAUAGAUUGGUACGAUUCUACUACGGUAGGAUUACAUCGACUCCAUAUAAUCUUACCGUAUUUUGCAGACCAGAUUUUACCAAGGCACACAGUUAAAAUAUACUUUAAAAC